UUGUCUGGAAGUGCUAAGAAAGUGGGGAGGUGUAUGCGUUUUGGAUUCAUAUAGAAAAAGAAGAGAAAAAAAAGAAAAGGCCUCCUCGCAAUUCCCACUAUCACCCACUAAGCAACAACAGCGGGUGGUUGUUUUGUUUUGUUAGGGCAUGUUUGGAUCGGUGGUAAAUUCUCAAGUCCUUCCAAAUUGUGGCCAGCUCUUAUUCGCAUCCACUUCAGAUAUUGACAAAACCCCAUCAAUUUUGAGAGAAGAAUAUGAAUUUGUAGAGGGAAAAUCUAGGUGGGUUUCUUGAGAGAUGAAGAAAGAGAGAGAAAUUAAGCUAUUUCUUCGUCUCAAAUUCCUUAUUCUUCUGAUCCUACCAAUGAAGGACAAAUCAAUGGCGCCAAAAACCAUACCCUUGUAUUGUCUGUCUCUAAUGCAGCCAUGGAAAAGUCGUUCCAGACAAAGGCUUUGAUUCCAGGGUGCUCUGUUUGUUCUUCAUCAAAACCCUUCGUCUUUAACCCUAUAUUCUUCUCAUGAAAUUGAUUUUCUGUUUUGUUUUGUGGAGAUAGACGAUUUCUUCUCUUCUGGGGUUCUUCGAUCGUUGUUUCGAUUCGUUUUUGAUCCUCUUCUGGUACUUUAGUGGCAGGAAUGUUUAACGGGGAGGGGUCGUCGUCAGUAACUUCAUCGCCGUUGCAGCUCUUUCCAUGGUCGUUAUCGCCUGGUAUAGGAUCGCCAUACCCUUUUCUAAGGGAGCUGAAAUCUGAAGAGAGGGGCUUAUGUCUGAUUCACCUUCUUCUUGCCUGUGCCAACCAAGUUGCCAUUGGCAACAUCGAAAAUGCCAAUGUUGGCCUCGAGCAAAUUUCCCACCUAGCUUCGCCCGACGGGGACACAAUGCAGCGGAUUGCUGCCUACUUCACCGAGGCACUCGCCGAUCGGAUACUCAAAUCGUGGCCAGGCUUACACAAAGCCUUGAACUCAACCAAAAUAUUGUCGGUUCCGGAAGAGAUUCUUGCUCAGAGAUUGUUCUUUGAGCUAUGUCCUUUCUUGAAGCUUGCAUAUGUGAUAACUAAUCAGGCUAUCAUAGAAGCUAUGGAGGGAGAAAGGAUGAUUCAUAUUAUUGAUUUCAAAUCAUGUGAGCCUGCUCAAUGGAUAAACCUUCUUCAGACAUUGAAAGACCGACCAGACGGUCCGCCCCACGUGAGAAUAACCGGAAUUCACGAACAGAAGGAGGUGUUGGAACAAAUGGCUGUUCGGCUAACCGAAGAGGCCGAAAAAUGGGACAUACCAUUUCAGUUCACCCCAGUUGUUAGCAAGUUAGAGAAUCUCGACCUUGAAAGUUUAAGGGUGAAGACAGGAGAAGCACUCGCAGUGAGCUCAGUACUCGAACUUCACACGAUUUUAGCCACGGACGACGAUAAGACAAAAACGUCGCCAUCUGCAUCAAAGAACUUGCAAAAGCUCCUACGUAUGAAGCAGAGAACACUCGGAGAGUGGCUCGAAACAGAUUCGUUGCAGGUUUUUAGUAGUAGCCCGGAUUCAGCGUCGGUAUGUUCGCCAUCAGGAUUGAAUCCUUCACAAAAGAUGAAUAGUUUUUUGAAUGCACUGUGGGGGCUAUCUCCAAAAGUGAUGGUAAUAACAGAGCAAGAAUCAAACCUGAAUGGAUCAGGAUUGAUGGAGAGAGUACUAGAAGCACUAAACUUCUAUGCUGCAUUGUUUGAUUGCUUGGAAUCAACGGUGUCGAGGUCGUCGAUCGAGCGACAAAGGGUCGAGAAGAUGCUUUUAGGAGAGGAAAUAAAGAACAUCAUUGCUUGCGAGGGAGCGGAGAGAAGGGAGAGACACGAAAAGCUCGAGAAAUGGAUAGUUCGAUUCGAAAGCGUGGGGUUCGGGAGGGUUGGAUUGAGUUAUAAUAGUAUGUUUCUGGGAAAUAGAUUGUUGCAGAGCAAUGGAUAUGAUGGUUAUAAAAUCAAAGAAGAGAAUGGAUUUUUGUUCAUUUGUUGGCAAGAUAGGCCACUUUUUUCUGUAUCAGCUUGGGGGUUUCAAAGGCAAAGCUGAUCAUGAUUUGAUAGCUUUUUGUAACCAAUUUUUGUUUGUGCUCAAGGACUUCACUUCCUAAACAAUGCAUAUUGUAACAAGGUUCUUCAUGGUU